CUUCACAUUCAUCUCCUCAAUCUUAUCGGGCUUUUCUCCACGCCACAUUCUUUAAAGCAUGCUAUGGAGCUGAUAUCAUUCCUUCUGCGAGUGGUCGCCUUCCCUCUUUUGGUGGCCCUCCCAACUGUUAACGCUACACCUGCAAUCAGCCUCCCUUACCCCUUUGAAGCCGACAAACUCUACGACCUCAAAAUCGAUCAAAAGAUUGCACCAAACGAGGAAGUCCGCAAGAGGGCAAAUGCCUACCGCGUCUAUCUCGCGUUGACACCACCAGGAUGGGGCACAGGGCCUGUAUGUUGGCUCGCAAAAGAAGUAGACCUAGACGUGACACAAGUCAACGUCACGAUUCCUGCAGAUGCAGCACCCGACCAAUCACGAAUUCGCAUCUCAACUGCCCUCUUGAAGAAAGGCGCCCCAAGGGGUAUGGGCUUUUCCUAUAGCAGUAGAACUACUCUUGUUGGAGCGAAUGCAACUUGGAGUCAGAAGGAGUUGGAUGGGAGGAACCAUAUUGAUGCAGAGGAAGUUUCUUGUUGGGCUUAUGGGUGUGCUAGGACUUGCCAAGUGACCUAUUACACUACAAAGGAUGAAGAAGAUGGGCCGAUUGGAGAUAAGGCAUAUGCUUGUGUGAAACAGUGUGCAAAGGAUCUGAAUCCAAGAAGUGAUGGGGCCAUGAACGGGAUGUCCAUGUCGAGGAUAUUGGCUGUGGUUGUAAUGAUUGGAUCCAUUCACAUGGUAUUAGGAGUACUUUAAGGGGGUCUAAGAAGGAACAGUAAGGAAUUUGUAAAUUUUAGCCUGUUUAUUAAUAUCAACAACAAUAUUUUAAGGUUUUCGAGAGUUACAUCAAAAUAG